AUGUGUUAUUCAUGGUCACUGGUCACUGUUGUGACCUGUCUAACGUACGCUGCGACUUUCAAUCCUUCACUUCGUGUCAUCAGCUGUACGCGGAGUAAUCUCGUCGUCAAGGUUACUGGUGCAGCAAACGAUGGACUCAUCUUCAUUAAAGGUCAGGGAGAAGACUGUAAACAGCUGACAUCAGAGGAACAAGAAUUUUAUGAAUUUGAUUUUGUUUCUUGUAAUAUUGAAUGGGAGAUGAUGUUCCGUAUAAUCGUCCAGAAGUUGGGAGCGUUUCAGACCGGAGCGGAUAAGCAGAUCCCGGUGAUGUGUACAGCUGACACCAAUGACAUCGUUGUCAGUAACUACCUCGGCGCCGCUGACAAGGCAGAUGAUACCGGCCUCAAUAGAACAACUAAACCAAGGGCCUAUUUAUCCUUCUACAAAGUCGUCACAGGAGACGAGGUCAUAGGGUCAGAGGUCAAACUGACGGAUAGACUGAUUAUGACGCUGAAACUUGAAGAGGAGUUUAUCAAUGACUUCGAUAUGAAGGCCAGGUAUUGUCAGGCUGCCGACAUUGUCAUCAUAGAAGACUUUUGUGCGGUCGAACCGGAACUAUUCGGAAACUUUUGGAAGCUAAAACAGGGAACCCUAAUUAGUGAGUUCGGGGCAUUCCGAACGACAGACUUUGAUGGUGGUUCAGUCGUUAUGAAUUUUUCGUGCACUCUCCAGCUCUGUCAGGGUCCAUGUUUCCCAGAAAAAUGUGACGACAGUUACACAGGCUGGGGCCGGAAGCGACGUAAUACAGAUCGACAAGAAAACGGAAGUGGACGAUUUCGGCGACAGACAGGAAGUACUGAUACAAUUGACGUGGGCGGGUCUGUCAAUGUGGUGGAGAGUUAUUCGACAAUCAAAAUUCUGACGAAUAAAGACUUCUGCUGGGACAAGAUGGCGCUUAGUUUGCUGAUCACGUGCUUAUGCUGUUGUAUCAUAGCGCCAUCUAGUGGAUGUUUCCUACUGUAUCGGAAGUUAGUCAGCUGUCAAAACAUGCUCCGCGACGCCACCAAAUUCAGCAGGCCGUCUUCACAGAAGAUGUCAGCCGCGGCAAUUCUCCAUUAA